AUACUUGACAACUUCAGAGCUGUAUUCAGGAUUCAUAGAAGCAUUGGUAACGUUGGGAGCCCACACCACAGAAAGAGAGAAACCUGGAGAGCUGAAACACGCUAAAGCCUAUCAAUCCACAAGUGGCUGCCGUUUUGUUGUUACCUCCCCGCCCUCCGGAAUACUGUUGGUAGGAUCAGUAACUGUAUUGAAGGAUAGGUGAUCUGUAUCGAUCACUAUUUCGAUUCAGUGUAAAGACAAUCAAUAUGAAAGGAACAUUAACUUGCCUCCUUGGCAUGUUAGUUUCUGCAGCAACCGCUGAGUCUUCUAUCUUCAAUACUACCAGUUUAUCAAUUGGUGAUUUUGUUGACACUGAGGAAUGCUUUUCUGCGAUCAAAGCAUCUGCUAGCGAGAAGGAUGGCAAUCAAAAGAUGGAUCCAGAGGAAUACGUUGACUUCGUGAAAGCGUACGGUCCUGAUGGAUUCCUGAAAAACACCACUGAAUUUGAAGAAUUGCCGUUAAUACUAACAACCAACUUCUACGUGUUGGCUUGUUUGUGCGAUCCUGAUUUGACAUACGACUGUGUGGAAUCUUGUGUAGGUCCGAACACCGGUAUCGAAACGUAUGGCAUGCAAUCGGCAGAUAACCUUAGUGAUGAUGAGAAGUCGUUUCUCUUCUUAGUCUGUUCUCAGACAAGCAUGUCCAUCGAUCGUGUUAUGCAAAGCAUUUCACCGUCAGCAGCUCCAGUGAUCAGUCCAAAUCCAUCCUCAGUUUCCCCCGCUCCCACCGGUAUUGCAUCCUCUCCACCAUCGAAGGCUCCAGUGGAUGAUGGUCCAGUUGUCGAGGAAGAAGUCAUUGUAUCAUAUUCAAUCGGUAUCAAAGGAGUUGACACAACUUUCGAAGAUUACAGCGAAGAACUUGUCAACGCUAUGGAUUCACUGGCACCAACGGUUCUCCAAGAAAUGUCGAGAAGGCAACUACGUGUGGGUCGCUCCCUUCAAACGGACCCAACUGUAUUCUUGCCGACUUCCAUCGUAGAUAAAACUUUGAUUGGUAAGCUAAAUAUGUCAACACAGUGCACGUGUUCGAGAGGUUUUUCGCAAUCAUUCUCACUUAAUAUUCUUUUGACUCUGCACCUUCUUAUAUCCGGCAGGUUGUCCAGAAAAUCUGGUGACACCUGUAGAUCGUUGCGAAAGUGUUACGGCCUCUGUUCUUGUUUUCUUUCAACCAAAUGUCUCAAACCCUGGCCAGAUAGCUGAGACAUUUCAGGACAACCUGUCGAAAGCCAUCUUCGACGGUGGAUUACAAGAAUUUUUAGAAAGUACCGUCGUUUACAUCGUUGACAAGAAUGCGCUCAAAUCGGUUGUAGAAGGAGGGGGCAAUUCUACCGCUGGAAUAGCUGUAGGUGUUGUCGUAGGGCUCGCUCUUGUUGUGGCCAUAGCUUACUUCGUUACCGGAAGACAAGGCAAAAAUGACAGGGAAGCGGAAGAACUUCUCCCGGCACAAGCAGAUCACUUAACACUCGAUAAGAACGGGAAAAAUGAACCUUCACAGGCCAAAUUGACACUGAAUACGAAGGAUGCUAACAUCGUUGACUCCAGUGCUGUCGAUCCAGCAAAACCCAAAGGUUUGAAGACAUCAGACAACAAAUCGGGGGGCGAUGACAUGUCAAAUGUUGACAGUGGUGACGCUUCUUCCUCUAACGCAGGAGAUUCUGGCUGGUCUAGCAGCGCUGGCAUUGAUUCGAUGAAUACUGGCAGUGCAGACGGACUUGAUUUUGAGAAAUCACCCAUCCCAGCUAUAGCUACAACCCUUCCACUUAUAUCCCAAGAAUCUUCCUCAGCAAGACGGACUGAACACAUUGAUACGAGUGACGCACUGAACCUUCCGCCGGUCACUAGGGAUGAUCUCGAUUCCGCAAUAGAGGCUGGCGACUGGGCAGCUGUAGGAGCAACCGCAGCUCUUCUCGCAGCCGCCUCUGAUUCUCAGUCUUACUCGUCUAAGUCAGAACAAUAUACAGGAACACGGUCAAGAAGUGGGUCGUCUGUAUCAAGUUUAGAUGUUGCCCGAGCUGCUGAACUAGAUCACUUGGUAGAUGCUGGAGAUUGGGAAGGAGUCGUUCUUGCAGCAGCCAAAUACGAGGGAGACGAAAGCAAAGAUAGUCUUCCUUCAGAAUCAGUCAGUGGAAGUGACACACGUUCGAAUGCAGACACUGCAGGCCAAACAGCUGAUUCGAGCGUGGGAAGUUCGAAGGGAUUGAAACGGCAAGAAUACAAAGCCAUUGUAGAAGACUUAGUCCAGCGAGUAGUGCCGGAAGAAAUCCAAAAUGUCGAUGAGAUGAUGCUACAAUUUCGUGGCCGUGAGGAUGAAUUGGUCGAGACACUCCGUACUAUGCAAGAACGUGCUGUUGCUCAAAAAGCGCGCAGUAGCUCGCAACGAGCUGCAAAGCAACAAGCCAAGUUGACGUCAGCUGCUGCAAAAAUAGAAGCAGAAAGUAGUAUUCCUGCAAGAUCAAGUAAGAGUAUCGGUAAGGGUCAGGUAUCAGCUGCCAAGGCAACAGCAAAAAGCUUGGGAACUGGAGAAAUUGAAAGUCCGUUAAAGAAAAGUAAUGUGAAAGAAACACUUUCCGGGACCGGUGAUCAAAAGGAAAGAUCCAAAGAUACUCAGAGUGCUCUUGAGGCUGCUAUUGAAGCCGGUGAUUGGGAUGCCGUUGGAGAGGCAGCAGCGAUACUCACAGAUACCAACAGUUUGACAUCUGCUGAUACUGAUGAGAUCAACAAGUAUGCAGACGGAGUCUCAACAGAUGGAUCUUCUGCAGCAGGAUCAAAAAACCUGGCCGACGUUGCAGAUGAACUUGAAGAACUAAUUGAAGCAGGAGAUUGGAAAGGAGUUGUGCAAGCGGCAUCAAACAAAAAAGGGACUAGUAAUGAUAACAAAGUCGAAUCUAAUGAGACAAGAAGAAUGCGUCGUUUGAAACACUUGCAAGAGGAACAAGAAGCGUUAGCCCAAGCUGAAAUAUGGACGGCAAUUGCUGAACAAUCGAGGCAGGAGUCGGACACAAGGGAUCAAGGAGCUGCAGAUGCAGCGGAUUGGGCAAUAUCUAGAAGUUUGAACGCUCUCGUUGAAGCCGAGAUAAGCGGAAUAAACGACCAAUCAACUGUCGGUACAGACGGGGACUCCCUACAACAAGCCACAACGAAAGACGAAGAUGGCACUGAAUCUGGAAAUGAGGUAUAGUGGUCAUCUGCAUUCAACGAGACCUCCGCAUUUAUUCCUUUGGAAGGCGUUUUUGGAAGGUCUGCUGUCAUACAAUGUGCAUCCAAUGUGGAUUUGUAUGUGAUAAAGCUGUAUAACUAGUAUGCAUAAGGAGUUUAACUGUGUUCAUUAGCUUCGUCAUCAUGCACAGUCCUUGUGGCGAUCGACAGUGAAGAAGCCUAAUUGAUUCCAAGCAAACGCUUUGAACAAGCAAGUAAAAGGAAUCUAAAAACACUGGGCUGUUGAUGGACAGAUACCGUACUAGUUCAACUUUUGGAGAAUAUGCCGGUUGUCACCUCCGGAGCAAUAGCCCCUACCAUCUUUAGUCCAGCCGCUACCAAUACUUCGUAUUUAAAAUAGAUUCUUCAUCCGCCU